AUGUCAGUGGCAGUGAGGAGAGGAAUAAGCGCUAAGGCCGAGUCCAGAAAAUGCGCAGCGCGUCUCUGGAAACUCUUUCCUCACCUUUUGCUGUGUCUGUCUCUGGUUGCAUACGCAGCGCUGGGUGCGCUCAUGUUCGAGCACAUCGAAGGCAGGAGCGUGUUCCCUACCCCGCAGGAGUACCAUCUGUUCCUGCGUCAGAUUGUUAGCACCGUACAGAACCAAACCCAAAACGCCUCCAUCACACAUCAGGACAUAGUGCAUGAAGUGGAGACUAAGAUGCAGAAGUUCAAGUCCAUAUGGCUCCAGAGACCAGACAGAUGGAACUUUUUUGGCUCCUUGUUCUUCUGCUGCACCGUGUUCACAACAGUUGGGUAUGGGGAGAUCUAUCCUGUUACCUUGACUGGUAAGGUGGUGUGUGUCUUGUAUGCCAUGGUGGGCAUCCCUCUCAUGCUUCUGGUCACCCUCGAUGUGGGAGACUUCCUUGCUAUGCUUAUGUCCAGAGCCUAUGUGCGCAUCCACACCUUCUGCAAAAUCCUCCGCUCCCACACCUGGUCACCAUGGAAGGCUCCGAAAAGGUCAGGGGUCUCGACCAACCUGGCCCUGGAGGACGGAACCUUUUUUUUUAGCCAUGACAUUGUGGCCCGUGAACCCCUUGACAUCCGGCAGGUACUGCACAGCCAGGCGGAUGUACGACACAAGUCCAUUCAGCUCCAAAACAACAAAGAGAUCUUUGAGAAAAUUCUCGCCCGGGAGAAUUUACUUAGAAAGAGCCCACUGCUCAGGACCCUCUCCUGCCCAGAGCUAGACCGGCUGCCACCACCACCCAAAGGAUAUCUCAUUUGGGACUUCACAGGGUUGGGGGAUGGAAUGGAAAUGUUGGAUGUACCCUUUGUUCUGAUUCUUUUCAUCGUAUUUGCCUACAUUUUAUUUGGCGGUUUGAUUCUGCCGUUGUGGGAAAAUGAAUUUAAGGGCUUUGAUCCUUACUACUUCUGCUUCAUCACACUCACUACUAUUGGUUUUGGCGAUAUUGUACCCAAUCACCCUAAGUACUUCAUGCUUACCUCACUCUUCAUCAUUGUCGGCAUGGCCAUCAUGUCCAUGGCUUUCAAGCUAGGCCAAACAAGAAUUGUAAGCUGCUACCGUCAAUGCAUCAAGUUCAUCAGCAGGGGAAAUGUGGAGACUUUCAAAAAUGAACAGAAGGAAUAA